AUGAAUUUUUCUACCAUUUUUGUCUUUGGGGCCACGGGCACUCAGGGUGGUGCGGUCACCAAACAUCUCCUCCAACAUGGUGCCAAAGUACGCACUAUUACCCGCAAACCGGAAUCUCCUGCGGCUCAAAAGCUUCAGUCGCUCGGGGUUUCUGUCGAAAAAGGCGAUUUGGAGAACGAAAAAUCUCUGUAUGACAAUAUCGCCAAUUGCACCAGUCUGUUUCUCGUCCUCACAGCUGGCGAGGAGGAAAUCAAUCAAGCUCGAAGAGUCAUGGCUGUCGCGAAGAAGGCAGGCGUACAGCAAAUUGUCUAUUCCAGUGGGGCUGGAAUAAAUCGGCUCGAAGAAUUUUCCCAUUGGAAUCCCAAUGCCUUCUUUGGCAAAAUGCUUUUGAGCAAGAAAACCAUUGAAGAGGAGGUUCGCAACGCUGGGUUCAAAUAUUGGACGAUCUUACGCCCCGGAAACUUCAUGUCAAACUUUCUUCCACCUCACGUUCACAUGUAUAAAGGCUUCCUCGAAACUGGUCAAUUCACAACUGCUUGGACACCAGAGACGCUUUUAGCCAUGGUUGAUCCAAAUGACAUCGGCAAGUUUGGUGCCGCGGCUCUUCUUUAUCCUGCCAAAUUCCAAAAGAAGGAUAUCGAUCUUGCGUCAGAACUCUUGGGCAUAGAGUGUACAAUUCAGAAAUUAUCUAAAACCACUGGAAGAGACUUAAAGGUUGUUUUCCUGUCUCAAGAGGAGGUUGAAGCCCAGUCUCAAGCCGACCCCUUUAUUAAGGCUCAACUGGUGAUGGGUGAACAAGCAAAUUUCGUUGACAUGAACAAAGUCAAGUCAUGGAAUAUCGAUCUGGGAAAUUUCGAACAAUUUUUGGAGAGAGAGAAGGAUGAUAUUGUCAAGACAUUUGCUCAGUGA